AUGCGUGCGGGAGUAAAGGUGUGCUCGAUGACCUUUUUGCAAAACUCCUUGCAAGAGGUGGCACUCGGUAAACGUGGCAUUCCGGCUCUUGGGCAUGUUGUGACGCCAUUGGUCAAACACUUCGGAAUCCCUGAUCAACCUGUCUUUAUCGACGCGACAUGGUCAUUGGAAGGCGAGCCAAUGCGGUGUAUUAAUGAACAUGAGCUCCGGAACGCCGACCUCAUUCAAAAUCGAACCACCCCAUGGGAGUACACAAAGCGCAAGCCCUACGAUACUUAUUUCAAGAAGCUCAAUGAAGGCCGGGACAUCUCGACAACCGGUUGA